AUGCAGCGUGUAUCGGCAUUGCUGCCCUCGUGGGAGAGGACCAAGUCCGCCGACGGCAAGGCGCGGCCUUUCGACAGGGUGUUUGGAUGGACUGACAAGAUCACGGCCGCCAAGGGUUCCGGCGCCGCCAACCGGAGCACGUCCAAGGUCGAGAGGGAGGUCUACUGGCCGACGACUGUCGACAAGGAGUGCGAGAAGGCCGCGCGCAUUCUCAAGUCCUUUUGCACCGAUGGUUUCCUUGCGCAGGAAGAAGCAGCCGCCUCGGCGCCGACGAGCCCGAGCACGCCCAGCUUCGCCUCGUCACCGAACAAUGCCCUGAAGAAGAUCCCGCCGCGCAUUAUUCAGAAUGCGCAGGGCCUCGCCAUCUUCUCUUGCAUGCGCUCCGGCCUGUGGAUGUCCGGCUCCGGCGGAUCCGGCAUCCUCAUCGCCCGGAAAGCCGACGGAACAUGGUCGCCGCCCGCCGGCAUUCUCCUGCACACUGCCGCAUUGGGAUUUGUAAUCGGCGUCGACAUAUACGACUGCGUCUUGGUCAUCAACAGCGUCUCCACACUGGAGAUGUUCACGAGGCCCAAGGUCACCCUCGGCUCAGACGUGAACCUCUCGGUCGGUCCUAUCACCUCGAGCGGCUUGCUUGAGAACGACUUUAGGUGGAAGGAAAUCAGCAAUACCGUCCUGACCUACUUGAAGGCUAGGGGCCAACACCAGAGUGUCCAAUUAGAUGGCUCUCUCGUCACCUUGCGCGGCAACGAAAACGACAAGUUCUACGGCGGUCAGAACGUCGACGUCUUGGACAUCAUAGCAGGCAACGUGCGCAAGUCAAUACCCGAGAUCGCGCCCCUGUUCGAGGCGAUCAAGGCUGCGGAGGGGAGGACGGAUUUCGAUGCGCGCACCAUGGAAAUACUUUCGCAGCAGCCGGCGCCCGGCGACGCGGUGAUAGAGACACCGACCCAGACGCCCAUGUCUGCCAAGUUUGGUGUUCCCUCCUCCGACGAUCCGGAUCCCUUCGGAGUCAUCGCGCUGGAGAUGGCCGGACUAGAGAUCAGGGAAGCUGGAUCGCGACUCAGGCCGGCUAGUGCCCAGUUUGAAUACAAUCCUGCUCCUACGAGUCCGCUGUUCAACAAGUUCAACCGGCAGAGCAGCGACACAUACGCAACAAGAAGCAAUCGUGGCAGCUACAUGUCCACCCGAACCACCAUGACCGACGCUCAGACGCAGACCGACGUUGCAGAGACGCCAGAUACCACACUGAGCCCCAACCAGAGCGACGAUGGACAGCCUCGCUCCUCGCAGGAGCACACGGUUGUGAUCCAGGAACCGGAGGAGGUAGACUACACCAAGGUCGACAUGAGCUCACUGCAGAAGCAUCUAAGCCCACCUGAGACGCCCAAGGAGACUGAGUUCAAGCUAGAACCUGCUCCUGUCAGAACCCGGCCGCCGCCUCUGCCGCCUCGUCGCCAGCCUGCCCCGGUCAUCGAAGAUGUACAUCCCAUCGAACCCGAGGUGGCUGCUCCAGAGGCCACCGAGGAGGUUCAUGAAGUCGAAAAAGUGGAGGUGGAAGCAGAGGCGGAAGCGGAAGAGGAGCAAGAUGAGGAUGCCGACGAUGAGGAUGAAGAUGACGACGAAGAAGAGCCCGUCAUCUACGAGGUCGCAACAAGCCAGCCGAUGCAUGCGACCAUCAUGUCCUCUCAGGUCACUCAGGUUCUCCAGGUCAAGGGGGCCGUGGUGAACAUUCCCAAGCGCAUCCCCCCACCUCUACCCGCGAGGAGCCCCGCGCGAUCGUCUAGGGCGAGCAAAAGCGAGUACGGCGACCUGUCCGCGAUCGCCAUGGUCAGCAGUCCCCUGAGGCAGUCCUUUCAAAGCACUACCUCUGACGGCGCCGCUUCUGCCAAGGACGACGCUUCUCAGACGACUCCCUCGCUCGGAAGCACCGAGACUGAGGAUAAGGCCGGCGCAUCCGCACCACAACAGGAUAAGGCGGCAGAGCCCUCGGUAUCUUCAUCAGGGGCGACGACAGAUUUCGAGUCUGCCACUGAAGGAAAAGAGAGUGCGGACGCCAUCCCUGAGACCCUGUCAACACCCCAGGCAACGGAACGUGCCUCCUCCGUCGACGAAUCUGAGCACGAACCUCGGACCCCAAAGGCCGAGGAUGAUGCGAAGGAGGCCAGCUCUGGUGACAGCAAGACCGAGAACAGCGUGUCGGAGAAGGUCAACCACAGCAGUGUUGACACGGCCACAGUGACGGUCGCAUGA